CCUCAGGCGGUUGAGGAAUCGAGAGCCGACCUUUCACCGUUCGCAUUGGCAUGUCAUCCUUUUCAUCACGGAGUUUUGGGCUCCAAGAUUGUGAGUGUAUAGAUUUUGACCAAGCAUGUGUUGUGUCGUCUGCCGCUUGGUGCGGGUGGCUGCUCUUUUUCAGGCAUGCCUUGCCCGCACCUGCUUCAAGGCCCCCGCCAGUGCCAAUGGCUGGUAUGGAAUUCAAUGGCGUGAGCAUCCCUACGUUGGUACGGGGAGCUAUUUCGACUCCGUAUCCUUUACCGCCAUGACCUGCACCAUGGGAGUCUACGUGAACUGGAUCGAGUAUCCCAACAGUGGUUGGGAUUUGUCCAAAGAUGAACAUGGAGCAAGUCCCAGAUGCAGCGGCCAGGUUUCCCCAAACCAAAACAGCACCAUCACCUGCGGCAAAACAGGUCUUCACUACACCGUUCAUCCCGCCGUUUGGGGGGAGUGCAGCCGAGCAGAGAUUUGCGAUGUGCAAGGCGUGUCGCAUCUCCAAUUGAUAACAGGCACUCAAGUGGACUAUGAAUGGAGUCCCGGGGAGUGGACCACUUGCUCUGAAACAUGUGGCCCUGGCACCAAGACCCGCAGCGUCUUGUGCUCGCCAGAGGAUCCCGGAUACUGCCAUCAAAAUGAGAAGCCCUCGACGACAGAUGAUUGUAACCUCGCAAGCUGCCAGUGGGAAAUCCAAAGCUGGGGUGCGUGUUCGCAUCUCUGUGGGGGUGGCGAGCGGAACAGAAAUGUCACAUGUCCACGAGAUGAUUCUUUUUGCAUUGGCACCAAGCCAGAUACCACAGAGGCCUGCAAUGAGCAAUUAUGCGAGUGGGACGUGCAGAAUUGGAGUGCUUGCUCUCAAGAUUGUGGUGGUGGCGGGCGGAACAGAAAUGUCACAUGUCCACGAGAUGAUUCUUAUUGCAUUGGCACCAAGCCAGAUACCACAGAGGCCUGCAAUGAGCAAUUAUGCGAGUGGGACGUGCAGAAUUGGAGUGCUUGCUCUCAAGAUUGUGGUGGUGGCGAGCGGAACAGAACUGUCACAUGUCCACGAGAUGAUUCUUAUUGCAUUGGCACCAAGCCAGAUACCACAGAGGCCUGCAAUGAACAGAACUGCUCCACUACAACGGAGGCUUUUGCUGGUGAAGCUGAUGAUCCGAGUUCAACGACUUCGACAUUUGCGACCGCAACUGGCACAACAUUGAGCAGCCGCGCGACCACCGCAAGUGAGGAGGCACCUGGUCAGCGCCAAGGGCUCAAUGAGGUCUUAGUGGCCGGUCUGGCGAUUGCUGGUCUUAUUGCCGCUGGUAUUGUGGUCUAUUGCUGCCACCGCUGCUGCCGCCCAGACGCCGCUUGUUGCUGCCAUUGCAAGAAGCAGGAGGACGAUGUGGUUAAGGCACCAGGACAGGAACCAGUGGUUGUCAAGGAGAAGCGUCGCGCCCGCAGUGGUGCUGGCGACACUGAUAGCUCGCGUCUAGACCGCCAAUUGACAGCGCUCGUGCCUGAUGAUGUGAUUGUAACUGUAGACAAGGACGACCGUGAGUCAACGCCCACGCCUGAUGAUCGGGUUGCAGACAGCAAGGACUUCGAAUUCUCUUCGGUCACUGAGAUCCAAGCAGGGGGCAUGCAAAAGCUAGGAGUAGUGGUCCAAGAGCACUUUGAUUAUGAAGAAUUAGCCAAGGACGCCUUGUUUUUGGUAUCUGGCACAACCACCCUCGAUGCUGGCACCCUCAAAAAGAUAAACGCCGAAAGGCUGAAGAAUGGAGAAAAAGAGCUACCAGAUGCGAUAAAUGUGCAGCAACAGAUGCACGAGAUCGAGGCGCGUGGCUUUCAGGUGCUUGGGUGUGGCGUUGGAGAUGAUGGCAGCCUGCUGCGUGAAGGUGUCCCUCUUCAGGAGGUGAGGACUGGUUGGGCGCGUAGACGUUGCACUAAGCCGCUCAUCUCCGAUCAAGACCUCCGGCUGAAAUGUGGCAUGGGCAAGAAUGAUGAUAAUGAGGACCGAUGGCUGGUCCAUUACAGACACUAUUCCGAGAAGACCAAAUGUGGCGUCCUAAUUUUAGCAGGUAGCGUGGAUUUCUUUCGUUUGUGGGCAGCGUCUGAUGCCUGUCGCAGGGAGGUUGCGGAGGUUCCGGAUGGGCGCCUUUUUGCGUACAUCGAUGGCAUCGUCAUCCGUGUCAACUCACCGAAACCUGAGAAGCUUUGGGCUUCUGCUAAAGCGGGUCCUGGCUACAUUGUGUGGUCCAACGGAGAGCUCUAUUCAGGACCGCUGAAAAACUCCCAGCCACACGGCAAAGGCACGCACUACUUUGAGAACGGCGACUUCUUUGAGGGAGACUUUAGAGAUGGACAAAUUCACGGCAAGAAUGGUACCCAUUUCUAUGAGAAUGGCAGCAAAUUGGAGGGCACAUGGGCAAGCGGUAAAGCGGUCCUUGCCACGUGCACAUAUCAUUUUGUAGACGGGACGAAGUUUACGGGCCAAUGGCCAAAGGAGCAGAUGAAUGCAAAAAGCGUUCAAGAGCAUGUAUUAUACCAACCGCCGUGCUGUACACUGACAUUCCCGAUGUUCUGGCGCCAAAUUUGCCCAGUCAACUCCGAUGCGCUUCCAUCAGUCAUGGACCAGUAACCCUUAAAGUCAGAGACUGCCAGUGCACACUUCAACACCUCCAAAGGAGGUGUUUUUCCAGGUUGACGGGAUGACUUCAUCAUAGUUCUUCUCGAUCACAGAUGUAAAACUAUUUGUGCACCGUUGCGAGCAUGCAUUCUUGUGCGUGCAGCGACAGCGCGCUUUAUAAGGUCAAGGUUCUCUUUGGAUGCAACCUGUCUCUAAAGAAGGCCUUGCUUAUAGCUUUUCCAGCCAGUUGCAAAGCAAAUUGGACUAUGUGAAGCUCAAUGCUCUUCAUCGUUGAAGACGCCAAUCAUAUGCGCGAUGUGCACGUGCUUAAUCAGAUUCUCUGCAUCUGUCAGGAGUUGUUUUUGAAUGGCCCCGACAGCUGCAGAGUACUGGAUGGCCUGCGUGCCCCAAGGAUAGGCAUUGCGAAGGCAGGAGAGUAGAAAAUGAUAGUGAGAGGAACCAUCCUCGGUUGCGUUGAAGCCGCUCUGUUUUGGAGCAUAUUUUUCUGCACAUAAGACACUUCUGAGACCUGAUUUCUGCACUGUCAACCAAAGUUUCUGUUGUGCAUGUUCCUUGGCUCGAGCUCCACACGGGAUAACGGGACUUUUUGCAGGUACUUCGAAGUCCUCGAAUCCCGAAUGGUGCAUUGCUUCCAACUCCUGCAUCCAAGUCGCGGAGGCACUGUCUUGGUCUGUCAUGGAUCUGAGAGGACAGGCACGCCCAGCGAAUUGAGAGCAGGUAAAGACCCCGCAUUAUGCAAGCGCCACAUAUUUUAACUUUUUCUUUGUCACAGGUUCUGAUGCCAGCUUGUUCAUUGCUGUUUUUGCUCCAUCAGACCUGGUUGAGGUCCCUUUUUUGCAAUGUUCAAAAGGAAAGGGUCGAGAACGCCGACUUUGUGCUGGCUGCGAUGAAUUUGAGAUGCAAUCUAGCGAAUGCCGCUGGUGCAUUCUUCAUGAUGGGACUGUGCUUAGUAGACGAGGAGACAUGUAUGCUG